AAGCAGGCCCGACAGCAAUCGCAGAAGCCACAGAAAGCAGGGCUGACAUCGAACGAGUACAGAAACAGUUUUUGACAGCCAAAUAGACCAAAAAUGAAAUUCGUGAUUUUGCUGUGCGUGCUCAGUGCACUGCUGCUCCAAAUUGAGGCCUCGCCCGUGAAGUUGUCGACGCGUGAUUCACGCGCCGUGGCACGUCAACAGGCGGCCAAUGAGGUGGCACCAGCAGUGGCGCCAGCCAGCGAGGAUGACGACGACGAUGACGAUGAGGAUGAUGAUGAUGAUGAGCCAGAUCUUGGGGAUCUGGUGGACGAUGAUGACGUUAUUUUGCUUUCGGGGCUUUCAGAUGAUGACGAAGAGGACGAUGACGAGGAGGAGGACGAUACGCCACAGGGUCAAGCAGCGCCAGCGGCCGGUGCCGCCGCCAGCGAUGAUGACGAAGAAGAUGAUGACGAUGAUGACUAUUUGGAUAGACUGUUCGAUGACAUCCUAGGUGAUGACGACGAUGAGGACGAUGAUGAUGAUGAGGUUGCGCCUGCUGCCAGCAUCCAGCAAAGCGUCGCUGCUCCCGCUCAGCCCAUUGAGGAAAUUGCGCCAGCUUCCGCCUCAUCCGCAACCUCGGGAAUUUCCGAUGGCGUUGAUUUGCCCGCCGAGAGCGGCAAUGCUGUAGAACCGGUGGCAGCUGGCAAUGCCGUCGACGACAUUGCGCCAGCGGCGAGUCCAGCGGCCGGUAGCGGCAACAACGAAGGUGCGAUAACAGGUGCCGACGAUGACGAAGAAGCCGAUGAUGAUGAUGAAGACGACGAUGAUGAUAUUAUUGGCGAUGAUGUCAUCGAGGCCAGACGCGAAGCACGUGACCUGAAAAACAACAUCAUCGACAUGUCCACGGAUGGCUUUCAAGCGAGACAUAAUCACUUUAUCGAUGCCAUAUUCUCGCGCAUAAAUCGCAUCGUAGCCGACAAUUAUGAUCCCUUUGUGGUCCGUCUGGCGGGUCGCACGGCAGCAGGAGCUGCAACAGCAACGCCUAGUGGCAAGCCAACAACCUAUGCCGCCAACAACAAGAGCGGCCAAAAGGCAGGCAGCAGCAACAACAGCAACAGCAACAACAAGCGCACAACACACAAGAAACUCAAGAAUACCAAAUCAGAGCCCCGAGCAGCGGAUGGCAAUGAGGAGGAGGCGGCAUCGACAUUCACAUCCGCACAGAGCAAAUUGCAAGAGCAAUUGACGCAAUUACAGUUGGAACAGCAGCAAAGCAUCAAAGCAAUCGAGCAGCAACAGAAGCAGCAACAAAGUGCGGCUGAUGGGGGCAGUGCUACGCCGGAAGUGCGAACCGUGUUCGGUGGUGACGAGCCCGCGGUCUCUGUCAAAGGGGCCAAGAAGACCGGCGGCAGUCGUGGCCAGCAGUCGCACAACAACAACAACAACAACAAACACAACACGAAAAAGGCGUCAUCGGCGGCCAAGCUCAAAGCAGGCCAGAAUGCCAACUACAAUCAGCCGCCAGCUGCGGGGUCUGGCAAAGAUGUCGAAAAGCUGCAAAAAGCCGAGGGCAGUCUGUCCGGACUGGCCUCGCUGAAGCGUGUGGGCAACGUGAAAGUGGUCAGCGAUCCGGAAGGACGCAACUCAACCAUAAAAGCCAAAUUCACGCUGGGUCCAUUGGUCCUUCGCGUCGAGAAGUCCUUUAAGCGCGGCAGCGUACGCAGCGUCAAGAGUGCAACGGCACGCACCAACGAAAUGAUCGGCCGCAUCAAGUUCAGCGUAGUCGAUGAUCGUGCCACCCUCAUGUCCAUUAAGGUGCAACAACCCAAGCAGGUGGAGGUGGAAAGCAAGGACAAUCACGACCGAACACGCGAAUUUGUCUGGCGACGCACACCAAAAAUUGCCAAAUUGGUCAACGAGAAGCUGAAAUUGGCCGCCGAGACGCUAUUCACGCCGCAGGGUGUCGAGGUUGUACGCCUCUGAGAAUAUCUCCAGCAGAUCCUGCAGAUCCAGCAGUUUCAGCAGCUAAUGCAGACCGAUUCGUCUGCACAUUCUUGUAGUUUAAUUUAAACGCCUAAUUUAUUUAUUUAAUUUAUUUACCCUUUUCUGGCCACAUAA